AUGUCGUCUCAAAAAGGCCCACCAGCUUUCGAUUCGCUGAUUGUGAUUACUGGAUCCAGUAAUGUAACAGUUACUGUCCUGGCCAGUACUCCAUCUCUUCUCAUUCAUUAUUGCUUGUGUGUCUUUUCAGGUCAAGAUGUUGUUUUUCAUUGUCUUGGGGAAAACUUAUUGCAGAAUGCCUUCAAUGGGUAUAAUGCCUGUAUUUUUGCCUAUGGACAAACUGGUUCCGGAAAGUCAUACACAAUGAUGGGUCCAUCUGAUCAACCUGGUUUAAUACCACGGCUUUGUAGUUCUUUAUUUCAAAGAACCCUGCAGGAAACAGAAGAAAAGGAGAACUUCACAGUUGAAGUGUCUUAUAUGGAAAUCUAUAAUGAGAAAGUACGAGACCUUCUUGAUCCCAAAGGUGGCCAGCAUUCCUUAAAAGUAAGGGAACACAAGGUUCUUGGUCCUUAUGUUGAUGGCCUCUCAAGACUUGCAGUAACUAGUUGUAAGGAUAUAGAAUCUCUGAUGUCAGAAGGGAAUAAGUCUCGAACUGUAGCAGCAACUAAUAUGAAUGAGGAAAGUAGCCGUUCACAUGCUGUCUUCAACAUAAUCUUGACACACACAAUUCAUGAUUUGCAAUCUGGGACAUCAGGGGAGAAGGUUAGUAAGCUGAGUUUGGUGGAUUUGGCUGGCAGUGAGAGGGCAACCAAGACUGGAGCUGUAGGAGAAAGAUUAAAAGAAGGGAGCAACAUCAAUAAAUCUUUAACAACACUGGGUUUAGUUAUUUCUGCCCUUUCUGACCAUUCAACAAGAAAGAAUAAAUUUAUUCCAUAUAGAGAUUCUGUUCUUACCUGGCUGCUUAAGGAUAGUCUUGGAGGUAACAGCAAGACAGCAAUGAUUGCAACAGUGAGUCCUGCUGCUGACAGCUAUGAUGAAACUUUGUCCACGUUGCGUUAUGCAGAUCGUGCAAAGCAUAUUGUUAAUCACGCUGUGGUAAAUGAGGAUCCAAAUGCUCGUAUAAUCCGGCAACUCAGAGAAGAAGUGGAAAAAUUACGAGAGCAGCUUACAGAAGCUGAGUCUCUGAAAGCUCCAGAACUGAAGGAUCGUUUGGAGGAGUCGGAAAAGUUAUUUAAAGAAAUGACCGUCACUUGGGAAGAUAAGCUUCGUAAGACUGAAGAAAUUGCUCAGGAGCGCCAGAAGCAGCUGGAAAGCUUGGGAAUAUCUCUACAGUCAUCUGGUAUUCGUGUUGGUGAGGACAAAAGCUUCUUAGUCAACCUGAAUGCAGAUCCAGCACUCAGUGAACUUUUGGUAUACUAUUUAAAGGAACACACCCUGGUUGGGUCAGCUGACUCACAGGACAUUCAACUUUGUGGGAUGGGAAUCCAAGAUGAACAUUGCACCAUUGACAUUACUGGAGAUGGACAAGUUGUUCUCUCUCCAAAUGAGAAUGCAAGAACAUGUGUAAAUGGAUCAAUAGUGAAUGGACAAGUAUUCCUUCAUCAUGGGGAUCGGAUCCUCUGGGGUAAUAAUCAUUUUUUCAGAAUAAAUCUUCCAAAGCAAAGACGCCAUCUGGAGUCUGAAAAUGAGGAGGAUACUAUAAACUGUAGCAGCAGCAGUGGUCAAUUACAUGUUGACGGAGAUAACACUAAUGAUCACUUUACUGAUACCAGCUUCAGUUAUGAGUCUGCGCAGAUGGAAGUCAUGAUGAAGGCUUUGGGCAAAAAUGAACCAGUGCAGUCUAUUCUUUGGAGUUUAGAACAGCAUCAUGAAGAAGAAAAGCAGUCUGCCUUGGAAAGACAGCGGAUUAUGUAUGAACAAGAAUUAGAGUAUCUAAGACGCCACAUAACACGGCAUGAUCAGCCUAAAUAUCAUAGUAUGGAACGCCUCUCCACAUCAUCUAGUAGUUUACAGCAAAGACUACAGUGGAAUGAGGAGAGGGAAGAACUGCUAAGAGUUAGCCUGCGGAAGUUAAAGGAGCAGAUUGUAAGAGCAAAUCUUUUGGUUCAGGAAGCUAGCUUCAUUGCACAGGAUUUAGAAAAGAAAACAGAGUAUUACGUAACCCUUCAGAUACCAGCAAGCAAUCUCAAUGCUAACAAAAAGUGGGAUGCGGUACUAAGCGAGCCAGCUGUGCAUGUACGCAGAAUGGGGAAAAGUAAACAAAUAUGGGCCUUGGAGAAACUGGAAAACAGACUUGUGGAUAUGAGGGAGCUUUACCAAGAGUGGAAGAACUUUGAUGAUGAAAAUCCUGUCAUGCAUUCAUAUUUAAAAAGAGCUGAUCCCUUCUUUGACGAAGAGGAGAACCAUACCUUGAUUGGCGUGGCUAAUGUUUUCCUUUCUUGCCUUUUUUAUGAUGUAAAAUUUCAAUAUGCUGUUCCUAUCAUUAGUCAAAAGGGAGAGAUGGUGGGACGACUACAUGUGGAGCUGUUCAGGGUGAGUGAAAAUAUGCAAGAAAGGUUGGCUGGAGGAGAAACUUCUGAAAAUACUGAUGAGAAUGUAACUCCACAAAAAACAUUAGUAUGUGUGAUACGAAUACUUCAAGCCACAGGUCUUCCACAUUUCUUAUCCAAGUUUGUAUUCUGCAAGUACUGCUUUUGGGGCCAGUUGGAUCCAACAUCUGUUGCCCCUGAGGUAGACACUUUAAAUUCUUCCCCAACUGUUAAGGACCUCCAAAGUAUGGUGGUCUUUGAUCAUUCAAAGACAUUUUCUGUUGCAUCAUCUGAAGACUUCAUUGAAUAUCUCACAGAGGGAGCAUUGGCAAUUGAAGUGUACGGACACAAACAAACCAGUUUAUUAAAUCAAAAGAGUCUUGCUUUGUGGGAUUUAGGCAUCAUCCAAGCCAAGACGCGGACAUUUAGAGAUAGGUGGAGUGAAUUAACUCGCAAAGUGGAAAUGUGGAUUCAUAUUUUGGAACAAGACGAGAAUGGAGACUAUGUGGCAGUGGAGGUUGUCUCUGCUAAAGGUGUUUGUACUGGAGGGAUCUUCCAACUCAAACAAGGACUGUCCCGAAGAAUUCAAGUUCAUGUUCGUUCAGUGCAAGACUCUGGCACUAUGCCUCUUAUCAUAAAAUCAAUACUGAGCAUUUCUGUAGGCAGUAUAGAGGUUCACCAAAGAAAACCUCAGAAAGGAUUUGAUUCCCAUCAGACUCAGGAUGAUGGAUUGGAUAGUUAUCAGGACAGAGAUUUGGAGAGGCUUAGACAGCAGUGGCUAAUAGAAUGGACCAAAAGGCAAGACUAUCUGGAUCAACAUCUACAGAAGCUUGUUAACAAAUCAGACAAGUCAGAGAAUGACACAGAAAGAGAAUGCCAGUUAUUAGAGCGUAGGCUCACAUUAAUAGAAGAGAGGAAUGCUGUUAUGGUGCCAUCUGAAGGCAGUGGGAUUCCUGGAGCACCUGCUAAGUGGAUUCCUGCUCCUGGAAUGGAAACUCAUAUUCCUGUUUUAUUUCUUGAUCUCAGUGAGAGUGACUUGAGAUCACAAGAAAACUUGGAAGAACAUGAUACAGCUGCCUGGAAUUCAACUUUGGCUGGAGAAAUUAAAGAGGAUUUUUUUGAGCUGCAGAUUGUAAAAAAUUAUGAUGGAGAAAUUAAAUCUGAAGCUUCUUGGGAUUCAGCAGUACACAGCUGUCCACAGCUAAGUCGUGGUACUGCAACAGACCAGCAUGUCUAUCUAAUAGUGAAAGCAGUUGUCCAACUAAGCCAUCCCGCAAAUAAGAAACUUCUUUUACGAAAGCGAAUCUGUGUCAAUGUCACUGGCAAACAGAGUUUUACACAAAGCUUCCUCCGAAUGAUUUCUCAACGAAGUACCAUCUCAGGCUGUGGUGUGACUUUUGAGCUUGUUUCCAACAUUCCAGAGGAAAAUAAAGCCUAUGAUGAUGGUGAGAUGCUUGCUCAGCUGGCAACUAAAUCUGAACAAUCAAAUUCUGCUGACACGGAGGCAGCUUUAGAGAAGUACCUACGUAGUGUACUUUCUGUUGAAAACAUUUUGACAUUGGACAGGCUACGACAGGAAGUUGCUGUCAAAGAACAUAAUAAAGGAAUGGGAAAACAUAACAGACGCAGCCACAGUUCUCCAAAUGUGCAUAAGUUAUCUGGAAGCCAUAUGGAUUUGUUUCCAAAUUACCGAUUGGAAGAUAAAAAGGUUCAUUGGGAAAGUCAACAAAAUGUUUCAACAGAUUUGCAAUGGUCAAACAAUAUUCCCUCUGCUCAACAUCAUUCCAGGAGCCCUGAAGAGUGUUCAGGAAUUCAUGCAGCUGCUGCAUCUCUUCUCAGUCAACAGAAGCCUUCAAUGCCUAAACUGAUGAAGUCCCUUUUCCCAAUACAAACUGAGAAAAAAAGGUUGACAACUUCAUCUCUUUUACAUCAGGCUGUCAAGGGAAAGAGUCUGGCCAAUGUCAAUCCUAGUUUAGCAAGCGCAGAAGAGCCUCUUAAUCAUGGUAGUCUUGAAGAUCAAGGUUCUCAUCACAGUUUCCAGAUUGAGGACUAUCCUGGCAAUAAUUGUUCAAAAACAACACAUUCUGAAGAAUCUAUAGUAAAGAAAAAUUUUAAUAUUUUACCAGAUAGCAGGUUUCUGUCUAAUAUGUGUACAUUGAGCGAUAAAAUUAAACCAUCACAUCAAAGUAAUACUUUGGUAAAAUUUAAUACUGAGGCAAAUCUGAAGACAAACAUUAGCCCCCAGAAGGAUACAUCAGAAGUGACAAAAAUGAAGACCUCUUAUAUCUCUAAUUGUAAGGAUAUCGGAGAGAAAGAAACAACAAAUCACUGUCAAAGUUUACCUCAUCAAAUACAAGGCAUAUCUCAAUCUAAUUUGCCAACCACCAGCCCCUUUAAGAUCACAAAAGUAAAGACAUCAGGUUUAAAGUCAUUCUCAUUAAUUUUAGGGGAAGAUCUCACACAAUCUGGACAUAGUUUUGUGCCAGAUAAAUUGCAUGUAAAGAGUGAAAGGAAAAUAGAUUCAUCUUUAGUAACUACAACUGAAAAUUUCCAAACUGUGGAAUGUCAAUCUGAAGUAAAAACUGAGCAAGUGGAUAAGUUAUUGGAUGUCUCUAACUGUCACAGCAGUUUUGUUCCAGACUGGCUAAAAAGAGAUGUAUCUGUAACCAUUGGAAACAAUAAAAAAGGAAAAGUAUGUUACAUUGGACCCACUGAAUUUGCAGAAGGAAUCUGGGUUGGUGUUGAGCUGGAAGUUCCUGCAGGUAAAAAUGAUGGUUUUGAUGCUGGGAAGCAAUAUUUUAAGUGUAAACCAGGACAUGGAGUAUUGGUAAGACCAGAUGGAGUAAAUCAAGCCAGCUGCCCCAUCAUGCAACAAAGCAAGGAUUCUACUCAUACAAGUGUUUAAGGGAUCCAGUCGAGAACUGCUGCAGUUUCUCACACUAUGAAUGAAUCAGUUAGUAUGUUUUAAGAACGAGAAGAAAAACUGCAAACUGGAAGACAUAAAUAAAUAACUGACAGAAUUCACUGUAAUAGAAAGAACAUAAUUAUCUGAGCACAAUAAAACUGAAAAGCUCAUUUUCUCAAACUAUGUUGUUAUAAUUUUAUAUUGUAAAGAGUUGCCACUGUUAUCUUGGCAUAAAUGUGUCUUUAUGUUACUUAAUUUUGAUCUGUUUCAAAUCUCUUAACAAUUAGUAGUAGCAUUACUGUCAUUCUGCCUGUAUCAAUUAGCCUGAAAAAAGGCUUAUCAUAGGGCUGGCAGCUUUAUUAGCAAUUAUAUAUCAUAAAGUGAAAUAAUUUAGGAACUAUAAUAAUUGUCAAACUUCUAUGUUAUUAGUCUCUUUCUUUUUAGUUCUGGGGUUUUAUUAUUCACUUAAUUCAUUUAUUUAUUAUAUAAAUCUACUGUAUUCAUUAUAGUUUGCAGGAAACUUGAGCUAAAACCUAUUAUGCUUUGUUAAUUACAAACUUAAAUGUAAUACCUAACACAGAUCAUGCUAAUGUGCACAUCAGCACUCACCCCCACUCAGGAAUUUAAAAUAAUGAAUUUAAAUAAUAACUAAUCAGGCUGGCAUUCACAUAUUUGGAUUAUAUGUCUGUUGUACUAGGGUGUUGUACCAUGUUAGCCAUUAUGGAUGUAGUGAGAAGCUAAAUUCGAAAGAUUAUCAUAUGCAAGCUUUCAUGGCAAAUCCCAUCUUGCCUAAAGAAUAGGCCUGAGUUGCCUUGAAAGCUUGCAUAUUGUAAUCUUUCUACCAAUAAAAGGUGCCAUUUUGCUUAAUUUCUCACAACAUAUUUGGAUUGUAAAACAAAACAUUAAUUGGAGAAAAUCCAGACAUAUAAUGAUAGAACAUAGAAAUCCAAGCCUGGGUUUCAAGCCCAAGUCCUUGGAAGUGUGAAAUGGUAAUGGUAGUGUGUAGCUGAGUAGGGCAGGAAGACAAGCAACAUUGUCUACUUCUAAAGGGGAAAUUACCAGAUAUUGUCUGGCCCAGGUACAGUCCCAUUUGACUGGCUAAUAUUUCUCCUCAAUAAUUUCUUAGUCUUUUCACCUGGCUUCUCCCAAACUAUCAAGUUCCUUUAUCUUAUUAUAAGUAAUUAUUAUUAUUAUUAUAGUAAGCCUGAGGUUGCAUCUGUAGUUUCAUUGUAUGGCCACUGGUAAAUUAACAUCUUUCACAGUGAUAUCAAUACUAUCAUCAGUGUCCACAAUGUACUAUUGAAAAAUUUUAUUAUUCCUUCAGCUCUCACUUAUGAACUAUAGCCCAAGACUCCUUUCCUCAGGAUGCAGAAAGUAGGUCACUCACUGUUAGAAAAGGCUGGAAGAGAAACAUUAGUCUCAAACAGAGAAUGGUCACAUCGUUGGUAUAGUUCCACACAGAAACAGUAAACAGGUAAUACAAAAUCAUGACUAACUCUUGUUCAACAAGUAUUACAAGCUAAGAUAUAUCAUAAAUGUCAUACUUUUGCAAUUUGUUUUAAAAGGUGCUUUAUACUUAAGUAUAAACCUUUUGCAGGUUAACCGUACAAGUGUAGGCAGGAUUGAUAACCUGUAAAUCCCCACAAAUGCCAAAAUAUCCACACUAGUACAAAAAACUGAUCCAUAAUUACACAUUUUUAAAUAACCUGCUUUUAUGAGCCAAAAAAAAAUUAUCAUCCACACCCCAACCUGCCAAACUUUAGAUACACUAUGUUUUUCUUUAUUUCAGUGUCCAAUUAUAUAACCCCUUUAAAGUCAUUUUUUAUAUUCAUUACUUUUGGUUGUAAAGUGUCUUUAUCCGAGCCAACUUAAAUGUUAAGGGCAUAAUACAUAAUUACUAUAAUGUAUAUAAUGUACUUUAACUAUUGAUUUACAAUUCAUAUGUUUAUGUGUCUAACAAUAGGCACAAGAUAGUAACCACUCCUGGACAGAACACCAGUAUAUCAGAAGGAACACUGGACCAUUAAAUGGCAUUUACUACAAGUCUGUGUCAAGUUAAACCUUGUCCAACUAAAACUGUCCUGACAAUGAUUUGCCUAACAAACUAAGUUUCUUGCACCAUGUUUUCUUUGCUUAGCUUGUUCUGUAAUUUUGUACAUAUUGAUUCCUGAAUUAAUACCACAUACACAGUUUUAUAACACAUAUCUUGAAAUGCAACUUAAAUAAUAUAAUAUACUCCAUUAAAAUCACAUACUUUGACUGCUUCUUCACAUAUUAUUAUUAUUAUUGUGGUACAUUGUCUCUCUAUUAUAAUAAAAAAAAUCUUGGGUCAAGAAGUUAUCUUCUCGGAGACACUUUAACGUUCCAUUCGUUAUUAUUGGUUUUUAACAUUUUUCAUCGAGUACAACUCUUUUUCUUUGUAGACAAAAUUGUUCAGUGUUCCAUUAAUAUUCCUUGAGGUCCUUGGCAUGUUACUAAUACCUCCACAGGUGAAAAAAUACAAGUCAAAAACAAUUCUAAUCACAUUUCUUGUAUUUUCUUCCAGUCUUGCUGCCUAGAUGUAACAGACAUACUUGACUGCAUUCUCAGUGUUGCAAGCACUAAAAACAAUGUGUGGAUGUCACCAGUAUUAAAAACAUUUUUCUAAAACUAAUGCAUGAUUUCUGAUUUCUGCUUCAACUCUUGCUGUCAAGUGCUGAUAAUUCUAUGGUAAACAGUGGAGUUAUUUUUAAUAUAUUUUUUAUAUAGCUUCUUUAGUAAUUUCAUUUCCCUCUUUUACAUCCAUUAAUGAAAUGUUAAUUUUUUUUUGGUAAUACUUCAGAAAGCUAUGCUACUGCCCAUUGUAUACACUAUACUAUUAAUUCUAUUGCUCUACCACACCCAAGCCUUGAUCUUAGUAUCUUUUUUUUUUUGUCUAUCAACAAUAAGUCUAAUUUCCAUUAGUAUGUGUGCAUUCAUUCAACCAAAAUACUGUUCACUAGAAAACUAAAGGAUGACCAGAGGUACAAGCAACUCAGUCCUUUCUGGUGCCCAGUUUACCAUUGUCUCUUUAAGUUUGUUUAAUUAUCUUUUUAGCUUUCUUCACAUUCAAGUAUUGUUCUAUGGAAAUGGAUCUAUAUUAGUAAGACCAUCUAAGGAGCUAAAUGUUUGGCUAAGGUUGGAUAUAACAGAGUUAACUUGUAAUACUGUGCCCUCAUGGAGGUCUGCACAAUUCUUAGGGCUGUAUAGUAACUUGGGUGGUCUCUUUCACCCACUCUUCACACAAGCUAGUGUUUGGGAGUAGCCUAGGGUACAUUUCAGUAGCCCUCAUUUCCAAACCUAUGGGUACUUAUCAUAUUAGAAUUUAUGUGAAUUAGUACUCCGUAUUCUACAGUAUUUUUUUCUGCAGGUUCCUUACUACUGUGUAUUGUGGCAUUAUGUGCACCUUAAUGGAUACCGCUAUUUUUUACUUAAAAAUAUGCAAAGUAGAUUAAGUAACGCAG